AGACCCACAACCCAAAGUGUUCUCGCUGUGGCCUCGGCACAGCUGCUGAAGCAGGUUACACAGUUACAGCAUCAACAGAUUUCUCUAGCUUGUCUUGUGAGUUUUCUUCCUGCGCCGUCCAACCCGGUCUCAUCUGAGUACAACUUGGACCCUUCUACACCCUCAAACUGUGUGCAGGAGCCGUGAGAGGAGCCGUCAUGUCGCUGCCGUUUACAGAUGAGGAGUUUCAGGCUGCGUGGAGGGAGCUGGACGAGCUGCAGCUGGAGGGAGGAUGGGAGCUCUUCACCGAGACGAUGGGAGUCAAAAUCUACCGGCUUUAUGACAAGGAAACUGGACUUUAUGAGUACAAAGUCUCUGGUGUGCUCACCACCUGCACUCCAGAGCUGUGUGCAGAUGUCUACAUGGACUUGGCGUAUCGGAAAGAUUGGGAUAAAUAUGCAAAAGAGCUCUAUGAGAAGGACUUCGACGGACAGACUGCAAUCUACUGGGAAGUAAAAUACCCCUUUCCGUUGUCGAACCGAGACUACGUGUACGUGAGGGAGCGGAGAGACCUGGAUGUGGACGGCAGGAAGAUCUGGGUGAUCAUGGCCAAAAGUUCUCCGGAGACGCCGUGUGCAGAGAAGAGCGGGGUGCUGCGGGUCAAAGACUACAAGCAGAGCGUCGCCCUGGAGAGCGACGGAGCCUGUGGAACCAAAGUGUUCAUGAAUUACUUCGACAACCCCGGCGGUAUGAUCCCCACCUGGCUGGUGAACUGGGCAGCAAAGACCGGGGUCCCGGCUUUCCUAACAGACAUGCAGAAGGCCUGCAGCAAUUACAGCAACUACCGGCAGAAGAAGUGAAUGCAGCUGACGGGACGACGGCUCACGCACGAGGGCUCAGUUUCGUUUUACUCCUUUUUAGAUUUGUUCCGUGGGUUGGCUUUUCUGCUGCUCGUCGCUGGGGCGGCUGUUUACUCAGGCAUGAUGUGCACGAAGCGGCCGACCUCGACACGAGGCUGCUGUGAAAUCAGUUCUGCCCUGUUGUGCUGUGUUGACUUGUGCUGUAUUGUCCUCGCUGUGCAGUCACCGCGAGCUCAAACUCCUCCAGGAUUUCAAAGAACACUGUCUUGUUUCAGUCUUUGUACAGAACACUCUGGUGUGCUGCGUUAUUCAUGGGAUUUCAUCUCUUCAACUUGUUUUGGAGACAAAUAUUUAAAUAUUUAAAUUAAAUAUUUAAAUUUAAUUUACUGGAGUCUUCCCAGUGUUUGUUUCAGUUAGUGGUCGACUGAUAUUGCUGACGCUGAAGACGGCCGAAAUGUAACGCCGAUAAUCGUUUUCACAUGUGAGAAAAGUGCAGCCCCUGCGAAUGAACAAAAUUUGCUGAAAUGUUGUUUGACACUGAUGUUAUUGUCUGCAGUAACAUUUCGUCAUCUUCAAAUUUUCUAUGAUUUCGUACAAAAGAAAAGCACGUGGGGUUUUGCUGUAGAUUUCAGAUUGCACUUCUGUUUAAAGGAGUGCGGGGACGCGCAAAAGGACGACACACCUGCAGACAUUUUUGGUCUGCAGGUGUGCUGCAGGGCGUGGAUGUCGGCCAGUCUCAAAACGCUGGAUAUCAGCCGGAUGAAUUAGUCCAUCACUCACAUCAUUUAAAUUGACUGGAGUUCACUGGUUCGUUAUGUUGAUGAGGAAAUGACAAAUCUGUGCUUUUACGUGAAUGUUACCUGUUGGGCUUGGUGUGAUUUCUUUCCAGGGGGUCAUUACUUAUGCAAAGCUCGUGUUAUGAUAAUCUAAACUGAUUUUUUUAAUGGGUGCAUGCGGUCAAAGAUAAAGUAUCUGAGAUUAUAAUGUGCAGGUGAAAGUGGUUUAAUCUGAUCAUGAAAAGCUGAUUACUGUGUAAUACUGUGGUGUUAUGGAAAUAAAAAACAAAGAAAC